AUGUUUUAUCUAUUGAGACCCGAAGAAACAUUGAAAAUGGCUGUGAAACUUGAAAGCGUUCAUUCGGGUCGCACGCGAUACCUGGUCGUCGUGUCUUGCAUCGGUCGUCAAGAUGCCGAAGAAUGUUGUCUCCUGGGUAUAGACUGCAACGAGAAAACAACGGUCGGUCUUGUGCUGCGGGUACUCGCCGAUACGACAAUAACACUCGACGGUGACGGAGGAUUCAGCGUGUGCGUUUGCGGUCGUCAGCACAUUUUCAAACCUGUAUCCGUUCAGGCGAUGUGGUCUGCCCUUCAGACCAUUCAUAAAGUAAGUUCGAAAGCCCGAGAGCAAAAUUAUUUUCUUGGAGGUUUGACGCACGAUUGGGUCAGUUACUAUGAGCAAAGAAUCGAAUCCGAUAGAUCGUGUCUCAAUGAGUGGCACGCAAUGGACAAUAUCGAAUCCAGGAGGCCGCCAUCUCCUGACUCGGUGCGAACGAAACCUCGCCAAAGGGAAGAAACAGAGCGCGUGAUACGUUGCACACUCAAAGAAAUAAUGAUGUCCGUCGAUUUGGACGAGGUUACUUCUAAAUACAUUCGAGGACGACUGGAGGAAGAUUUGGACAUGGAUUUGGGUGAAUUCAAACCCUUUAUCGACGAGGAAAUGCUGACGAUACUCGGACAAAUGGACGCGGCCACCGAAAUAUUCGAUCACGUUUACUUGGGCUCUGAAUGGAAUGCAUCGAAUCAUGAGGAACUUCAAAAAAAUGGGGUGCGCCAUAUUUUGAACGUUACCAGAGAAAUUGAUAAUUUCUUUCCCGGAAUGUUUAAUUAUUUAAAUAUUCGUGUUUACGACGACGAAAAGACUGAUCUCCUUAAGCACUGGGACGACACAUUUAAAUAUAUAUCGAGAGCCAGAGCGGAGGGUAGCAAAGUACUGGUUCAUUGUAAAAUGGGAAUCAGUCGGUCAGCAAGCGUGGUCAUAGCUUACGCGAUGAAAGCUUACAAUUGGGAUUUUAAAAAAGCGUUCGAAUACGUCAAGCAAAAGCGGAAUUGCAUAAAACCCAAUUGUAGUUUCAUGUCUCAGUUGGAAACAUAUCAGGGGAUACUGGAUGCGAUGAAAAAUAGGGAAAAACUUCAAAGAUCUAAAUCAGAAACGAAUCUUAAAAGUCCCUGUUUUGUCCCCAAAGAAAAUUCCGCAGCGAAAGAAAAUCAAGAGAAAAGAAUGGAAAAAAUGAAUUCGUCUCUUUUGACCGUUGAUUGGACGGAGACUUCCGGUACGGAACUUGGUAGAGUCGGUAGCAGACCGAAAUCUUGGUCGCCUGAUAAUUCUGUUGCAUCGAUUCUCUUCAUCGAUCAGGCGCCGGGUCCGACUUCCAUGUCAAUGGAAUACCUAAAUUCGGAUGACAAGCCUGAUAUAAAUCUAUCCCCACAAGGAUCUUCGGCUGAAAUAUGUCCAACCUGCAGAGCAAAAAUUACUCAGGAUGAACUCCCGUGUAAGGAAUGCUUUAAAGUUACCACCGUCAAAUUGCAGGAAGUUAGAAAUCACAACAGUCAUUUGAGAAUCCCUUGUGAGAACGGUCAAACGUACAGUGUUUCGCAAAAUAGAAUCGUUUAUCUACCCGGAUCCACUAAUGAUGAAUCAGAUUUUGUACCGUAUGUUAAAAAUAGGGUCAUAGAAUUUGAAUCGCAUUCGGGGGGACCCAUCUUUGACGCCCUGAGUCUUAAUAAAAAGACUCAAUCAGACAGAAAAGGACUUGUUUUAAAUCUGACGUCGCAAUUCGAAACGAGCUGUUCCAAGUCAGGGUCACCUACGGACGGUGAAAAAUCCGCGGAGACCAGUGACGUCAAAUCGAAAUAUUCUCAAAUAGUAAAUUCAACUCUAGUCAAAGAAGAAAUUUGGGAUUCGGGAGAAAAGAAACCGGAGGAAUCUCCGAACAGUCAAACAGUUUGGACUUCGACUUCUGAACCUACGACGGAUGGUGAUAUCGAGUUACCGCUAUCUGAAAACAAAGCCGGUAAAACCAGGCGAGAGGGUGAUCCAUUUUCAGAUAAAUUAGAUCGCGUGUUUGACCGUGAAGAACGAAAACAAAUCAAAACGACGGUGCCGGCGGUGGUUUCCGUUGUACCUGUCGCGGUACCCGUUACGAAUUCGGAAGGAGGCUCUACCGAAAGUCCUUCGCGACAAAAUUCUUGGAGUUCUUACGACAGUGCCGUGGUUUUGGGUUUUCAGGGUGAACCCAGGGAAGCUCCAUCGCGGCAAAGUUCUUGGGGUUCGGGUGAUAUAUCAGGUGUUCCGGGCGCUUUACCUUCCAGAAAUAGUUCGUGGGGAUCUUACGAUAUGAAACCCACGGUGAUAAACGUUAGUGAAAAAGUAGAUAAAACCGAAGAACUUAACUUUGGAGGAUUGUUCACAUUUAACAAAGACGUUCCUUGGAAUCCCGGAACCGUUAAACGCACAAAACAAAAGUUAGAAGAGGUUAUACAAGUGAAAGAAAACGGCGCAACGACCGAAGUUGAAUCUUCUUCUUCUUCUUUUCCUUCUUCUUCUUCUCCUCCUAAAAUUGAGAUCUCAGUAUGCAAUUUAAAACUUCACGGGCCGAAGCCUUACCAAUCUCCAGUUCUUUCCAAAGAUCUCAAAAUUUCUUCUCAAGACCCCUCGGAGAGUCCUAGCUUAAAUUUAGUUCAUUAUCAAAGUACUCCGAGUCUGUCACUCCAGCCCUCACUCGAAAAUACUUCCGUCUCUGUCGACAAAAUGACUGCAUCCCAGCCUAACAUAACAUUUCAACAAGAUACGCUUAACACUUUAUCAAAAAGCACCGACCAACUUUCCCUCACUCCCGCGAGUGCGACAGACGAUUGUUUAGAUCAUAAGCAAUCCGAAGGUCAAACCACGACGGGUCUCAAUCAAUCCUGCUCCGUUCGACAACAAAAGCAAGUGUUGGAGAAUUUGACGAAUAAAUGUUGCGUUUUACCCAAGCGUUGCAUAAGCAUGGAAGAAUCCGUUAUUGGGACGGAGGUGUCGAAACCGGAUGCGGAAGCCCAAAAAAGCGUUUCGGGAUUGGUUCAAAAUUUAAAAAAAGAAUUCGAAGCAAAAUCCGUGUACAAAAACAAUGAUAAGACAUCAUCCGACAGUGAGAAUUUAAAACAGUCUUCUCCCGUGGGCAACAAUCACCAAGAUCCGUGUCUCGUCGUGAAUUCGUCCGAAGACUUGUCCGUUAAAAAUCUAGUCGGAAAAUACGAAAUAAAAAAGAAUAAGCACAGGGAAAACGAAUCGAUGUCGAAUAAGAAAUCCCACAACAUGAUUUUUCCGAGCCGUAAACCCAAAUUGGACAUGGUGUCCCAGCCUCAACUCAAAGUCAAACAUUCAUCUCUUUUCUUGCAUAAUUUCAAAAAUAGCACGACCGGAGAAAAAGUAUUAGUUUUAGAUAGGCCUCCGGCGAAAAGUCCAUCGCCGAGCGUAGUUGUCGCGAGCGUCGUUGCCAAAGCCGCGAGUAAAAAACAACAGGGUAAAACCCAUCCGUUGGCACACCUGACCAUCAAUCCGAGGCACAGUAACGCCGUGUACAACACCAUGUGA